AUGGCUGCUAAUAGUCAGAUGCACAACUUGACUACGCUUAUCAAGAGACUUGAAGCUGCAACCUCGCGCCUCGAGGACAUCGCUUCUUCGACCGAGCCUCCUUCCGAUGCCGCCGUUCUCAACCAGGCGAUACCUUCACCUCCGAACCCCUCCUUAGCCGCUCCUCCUCCUCUUCCAGCCGCUUCCGAUUCCAAGGCCACUACUCCCGCUACCGCGAAGCCCGAGCCUGCCACCGAGCCGCUGCCAGAAUCUAUCGAGGAAUUUGAUGCUUUCCUAAACACUUCCGUCGAUAAAUAUGUGAAGUUGAGCCACCAGCUAGGAGGAUUGGUCGCUGAGCAGGCUGCGCUCGUCAAAUCUGGUUUCCACGAGCAGCGCAAAUUUCUCCUGAUUUCCACAAAGGCGAAGAAGCCAAACCUCUCCGGACCUGAUCUGCCAGUAUAUGAGAGCCUCAUCAAACCCAUAAACGAGGCACUGAUGGCUGUUACCGAGCUCAAGGACGCCAACCGUCCUAGCCCUAUGUACACGCAACUCAGCACUGUCUCCGAUGGUAUCAUGGUUCUUGCAUGGGUUACUAUUGACACUCGCCCCUACAAGCACGUGGACGAGUGCCUUGGCUCGGCUCAAUUCUUUGGAAACAGAGUACUGAAGGAGCAGAAGGAUAAGGACCCCAAGCAGAUCGAAUGGGUUCAGAGCUUCUAUCAGAUGUUUCGCGAUCUUGCCGAUUAUGUCAAGCAAUACUUCCCAACAGGCAUACCAUGGAAUCCGAAUGGCCAGCCUGCCCAGGAAGUCCUCAAGUCAUUGUCUGCUGGUUCUGGGCCUGCUUCCGCUCCCGCUGCCCCGGCACCUGCUGCUGGUGCUCCUCCACCACCUCCCCCUCCUCCUCCUGGCCCCCCCCCUGUUCUCGACAUCAAGACAGAUGAUGCUCCUGCGCCUGCAUCAUCUGGUGGAUUCGGAGCUGUCUUCUCAGAGCUCAACAAGGGCGAUGCUGUCACCAAGGGUCUGCGUAAAGUGGACAAGUCCGAAAUGACGCAUAAGAAUCCGUCUCUUCGCAGUGGCUCAACGGUUUCAAGUGGCCAGAGGGGUAAGAGCCCUGCUCCUGGCAAGAAGCCUAAGCCCGAGAGUAUGCGUAUCAAGAAGCCAGCCAAGAAGGAACUAGAGGGCAAUAAAUGGACUAUUGAAAACUAUGAGAAGGAGGCUGAGCCAAUUGAGAUCGAGGCUUCGCUUACCCACUCGGUUCUCAUCAGCCGUUGCAACAACACCACCAUCAUUGUCAGGGGCAAGGCCAACCAGGUCACAGUCGAGAAUUCCACCCGUCUGUCCUUGAUCGUUGAUACCCUUGUUUCGACAGUCGAUGUUGUCAAAGCCAACAACUUUGCUCUUCAGGUCAUGGGCACCAUCCCAACUGUCAUGUUGGAUCAGGUCGACAGUGCCCAGAUCUACUUCAGCAAGGAGAGUAUAGGAACCAAGGUUUUCACCAGUAAAUCAGCAGGUGUCAACCUCAACGUUAUUUCUGGCGAAGAUGAUGACUAUAAGGAGGUGCCCCUACCCUCGCAAAUCUGCUCCUAUUACGACGAGUCCAAGGGAGACUUGGUCAACGAAAUUGUGGCCCAUGCCGGCUAA